UGCCUGGGCGGAGGGAUGCAGUUUGUCGGAGGCGGCCAGACCCGCAUCUCCACCGUCGGACCCUUCCGGGGCCGCGCGCCCAGCGUGUACGGGGGCGCGGGGGGUUACGGGACCCGCAUCUCCCAGUCCCAAAGCGCCUUCUCCUACGGCUCCGGGACUCUGGUCCCGUACAGCGAGAGCGCAGUGCACAGCAACGAGAAGCUGACCAUGCAGAACCUCAACGACCGCCUGGCCUCAUACCUGGAGAAGGUGCACUCCCUGGACGCAGCCAACAGGAAGCUGGAGCUGCAGAUCAGAGAGUUCUACGAGAACAAAACCGUUGCCGUCGCCAAAGACUUCACCGGCUACCUCGCCAUCAUGGCUGAUCUCCAAGCUAAGAUCGUAAGGAGAUGCUCAGAGAAUCAGAGUGUCAUCCUGCAGAUUGACAAUGCUCAUCUGGCUGCUGAGGACUUCAAAAUGAAAUAUCAGACGGAGCUGAACAUGCGUUCGAUGGUGGAGUCCGAUGUGUUUCGUCUCCGAGGGGUUCGGGACAGCCUGACUCUUUCCAUCAGUGAGCUGGAGAUGCAGAUAGAGGGUCUGAGGGAGGAGUUGGCGUACAUCAAGAGCAACCAUGCGGAGGAGGUGCGUCUGCUGAGGAUCCAGGAGAUUGGCAAUGUGAACAUCACCAUGGACGCCACAGACUCUGUUGAUCUGAAAAAAGUCCUGCAGGAAACGAGGGAGCAGUAUGAAGCUCUGGUUAUAAAGAACAAGCUGGAGCUCGAGAAAUGGUUUCAAUCGAAGGUGGAGAUUUUCGAGAAGGACAUCCAUAUUUACACGACAGAGGUGAACACAUUUACCACGCAGCUGUCAGAGCUGAAGAGGACCUACCAGGGUUUGGAGAUAACUCGGGAAAGCAUCUUCACGGAGAUUCAGUGCCUGCAGGAGAAUUUGAAGGAAGUGAACAGUCGAUACGGUGCUCACCUCAGCCAGCUGCAGGUGACCAUUAACAUGCUGGAGGUAGAGCUGCAGCAGCUGAGGAUGUCCAUCGAGCAGCAGCAAUCUGAGUACAAGCUGCUGCUGGACAUCAAGAUGAGGCUGGAAAUGGAGAUCGCAGAGUACAGGAGGCUGUUGGAGGGAGACCUGUAUGAGAAAAAGGCUGUGAUCAUCAGCAAGGUGGUGGAACAGGUGGAGGAGCAUAAACCCCACAUCGAGAGGCGAGUGAAGACCAUCGUGGAGGAGAUUGUUGAUGGAAAGGUGGUGUCCUCCAAGGUUGACACCCAAGUGGAGGACAUUCAGUGA